AUGAGCAACUAAUAUAACGUUUAUAGACACGACCAAUAAUAACAAUAGCUUUAACAACCUUAUUAAAACGGAGCAAGUUAUGGUAAUGGAAAUAGUGAUGUAAAUGGAGUAGGUGGGUAAUACGAUAGUAUCUAAUACUCACAACAGCCUCAAUAAUAGCAAAACUAGCAGUAUCCAGAUUAAUAUGCAUCUAUAUAAACAGAUCCUGUUUAAGCUGGAGGAUCUGUCGAUUAUCAAUAGGGAUUGUAUAGAAACAACAAUGAAACAGCUAAAACUUUCAAUACUGAAAUGAGGAGAAAGUAUCCCGUAGAUAAACUCAAUAAAAAGAGUGAAUGGAUAGGAGUAGAAAAGCAUCUUUCAGAAGUCAAUGAGGAAAUACGUAAAAAUGAAAUCGAAAUAAAUCGUUUACGUUAAAAGGAGCUCUUAUCUGAGUUGGAUAAGAAGAUGAUGUAGCAACUUUAAUAGAAAUAGUAAGAAUUAAAUUAUAAGAAGAGAGAACAUGAAGAAGUUUUAAGAAGAAUGGCUGUCUAUUAGGAGGAACUAGCUAGAAAUAGAGAUGAUAGAAAAAUUAUGCAACAAAAUAUGGCUGAAUAUUAUCAAAGAUAGAGAGAGGAGUAAUAAAGAAAAGAUUAAGAAUAUAAGCUCUAGAAAAACGACUGGGAGAAUAAGCUUCUGGAAUACAAUUAACAAAGAAUAACAGAAGAAUAGCGCAGAAACAAAGAACAUAAAGAAUUUCUCAAAAAUGCUGUUUUAAAUGAUUACUAAAGAGCAUAAGCAAGAAAGGCUGCUGAAAAGCAAAACGAAAUGCAAAAUAAAAUGGAAUAUAACGAUCUAAUUUAGAUGAACGCAGAAAGAGAAUUGACUAAAGAAGAAAAUUAUAAGAAUUUUUAUAGGAUGGCAGCAGAAAACCAAUAAAAGCUUCAUGAAAAUCACUUCAAUAAUGUUUAUAUGCCACUAGUGAAGAAAUAAAGAGAGUUAGAAGACUUAAUUAGCAAAGGUGUAACUGAAGCUGAACGUCGUAGACUCCAAAGUGAAAUUGAUAAAAUACAAAGAUAAAGAAAUUAACUUUUAGAAACUUCGGAGAAAAAUUAAUACCUAAUGGGAGAAAAGAAAUACUAAAACGAACUAGAAAAAAAUUUAAAAGAGCAACAAGUGAAAGAAAGACUAUAAGAUUUGUAAAAUUUGUAAGAGUACUAAACAUUCAAGAAGUAAGAAGAUGCAGAUAAUAAAAAAAAAUACAAAGAUUUCCUUGAUUAACAAUACAAAGAAAAAUAAGACAUUCUUAUGAAUGAAUAAAGAAUGACAAGAAAUGAAAAGGGAUUAAAUAGACUUGAUCUUUAGGCAUACAAAAUGUAUGACAAUGGUCUAUACACUAUGCUUCCUGGAUGGGCUCCUUAAAUAGGUUAAUUACCACCUAGAUAGAAUAGAGAAGUCUUAUAAGAACAAAUCAUGGAUAAAAUAAGAAAGUAAAACAACACAACUGAUAUUGACAUUAACAAUUCUGCUUCCUAAUCUCCUUAUAAUGGAGGUACUUCUCCUAUUAUUGGUGGACCAAAUCGUACCCUUGCAAAAGCUGCUCAGAAUAGCUUGAUCAUGCAAAGUCACCCAAAUCUUGGAUAAUAUCAAAAAAUUGGAGAACCUGAUAGAAAAUAUGAGCAUCCCGUAAAUUAUGGUUAAAACUAUGAUGGCUCAAUCUCAUCAAAGAGUUAGCACUAACCAAAAAAUCUCACUUAUGGCCAUAAUCCAAUUUAUAACCCUAUGCCUUUCAACAACCAAAAUCCUUAUAUCUCAAAAGAAUUCCAAAAGGCUGUUAUGAAUCGUUAGAUUUAUAGACCCAGUGUUGACAAUAGCAUUGGUGGCAAUAAUUCACAAUUGGGAAGAUAUCCUGAACCUUUAAAAUGA